CUCCUCGAUCCUACAUUCACAUUUAGAUAUCAUCUCACCUUCUCAACCUCCUUCUUCCCUAUAUAUAUACUAUCCCUUCCUCCCUUCCUCCAUCCAUCACCCAACCAAAGACCCCAACAGAAAUCAGAAACCAGAAACCAGAAACCGGAAACCUAUUACAUACCCAGAGACUAGCUACCACUACCCAACAUGGCUGAAGCAAAGCAACCGCAUUUGAAUGGAGCUUACUACGGUCCUCCCAUCCCACCCCAAACCUACCACAGGCCAGGCCGAGGCCCUGGCCUCUGCUGCUGCGGCUGUUGCCUCCUAAACUGCCUUCUCAAAAUCAUCUUUUCCAUAGUCCUCGUCCUUGGCAUCAUCGUCCUCGUCUUUUGGCUUGUCCUGCGCCCUAACAAGAUCAAAUUCUACGUUGUAGAUGCUUCUCUCACCGAAUUCAAUCUCACAGGUAACACUCUUAGUUACGACCUUGCCCUCAACAUGACAAUCAGAAACCCAAACAAGAAAAUUGGUGUCUACUAUGAUAGAAUCGAAGCUAGAGCUUACUAUGAUGAUAUAAUGUUUGGUAGUACCACUUUGAGUCCUUUCUAUCAAGGCCAUAAGAAUACUUCCAUGCUUAGUCCUUCAUUUAAAGGAGAUUCUCAGAUGAGUUUGGACAGUCAGGCACUGUCUGAGUACAAAACAGAGACGAGUUCUGGAGAGUACUAUGUGGAUGUGAAAUUGUAUCUGAGGGUGAGGUUUAAGAUUGGAAAAGUUAAGACAUCUCAUAUGAAGCCUAAGGUGAAGUGCGACUUGAAGGUUCCUCUUGUUUCUAAUAGGAACUCUGCUGGUGGGUUCGAUACCACCAAGUGCCACCUUGAUUUCUGAUCAUCAUCAUCAUCAUCUCUUUGAUAUUCCAGAGUUUCAGAUUUUCAGUUCCAUCCAUGGGCCGGGCCAUGGCGGCUUCUUUGAUUACUUUAUUACUUUAUUUUCUUUUUUUACUGAUUUCCUAUAUUAUUAGGUCAUAUGUUUUAUGUUUUUUUUUUUGGUGGUUCUUUACUUUAUUCACAUUGGUUUUUAUUUACACCACCAUAUUAUUAUAGAGAGUGAUCAUUUUGUGACUUCUUUGGUCAGUUGUGAAUAAAUAAAGACAUGGUUUUUUUUAUUUUUUAUUUUUUA